AUGUGUGAAUACUUCAACACAUUUAUUGAAACUGAGAACUUCUACAGUUACACUCUUCACAUUUUGACAUUUUUUGAAAUCCUAAUCAAUUCAUUCGUCGCUUUCUGUAUCCUUUUCAAAACUCCGAAAAAUAUGAUAUCAGUUAUUCCAAGUAUGAUAAUUUUGCAUUUUACAAGCACAAUACUUGAUUUAUAUCUGAGUCUUUUAACAUGUCCAUUCAUUUUUCUACCGUAUGCAGCUGGAUAUCCACUUGGGUUAUUUAAGUAUUUAGGAGUUCCAACAUCAAUUCAAGUUUAUUUUGGAGUCACUUUUAUUGGAGAUACGUUUUUGGGAAUCUUUUGGUGA